UACGGCCACAGACGGCUUCUAGGUACAUCACAGACUCAUCGUUGAGAUGAGACAGUGAGCUGAUUUUGAGUUUUUAGUAUAUAUAAUACAAUAGAGACCACUUCACGAGGAUGGUGAGGAUAAUUUCCAUGGCGUCCUCAAUAAGACCUUCGCUCUCGUCGUUUAGGUUCGCCGGUGGUAUUGCGAAUUCGCGCUUUGGCGCGUCCAUCUCAACGAUUCGCCUUCCUCCACUCUCUCGGCUCAGCAGCUCUGUUCCUCAAUCACAAUUCUUUGGCUUGAAAGCUUCAAAGCUUUUGAAAACUGCGGGAACAAGGGUGCCUCCGGUGGGAAAUGCAGUACAGGCAAGCACAGCUGCUGCCCAAAAAACUGCCCUGGAGUGGGUUAAAAAGGACAAACGAAGAAUGCUCCAUGUUGUUUAUCGAGUUGGUGAUUUGGACAGGACUGUCAAAUUCUAUACCGAGUGCCUGGGAAUGAAGCUGUUGAGGAAGCGAGACAUACCGGAAGAGAGAUACACCAAUGCCUUUCUUGGAUACGGGCCAGAAGAUUCUCACUUUGUUAUUGAACUCACUUACAAUUAUGGAGUUGACAAAUAUGAUAUCGGAGCUGCAUUUGGUCAUUUCGGUAUCGCUGUUGAGGAUGUUGCCAAGACUGUGGAACUUAUAAAGGCCAAGGGUGGAAAAGUAACUAGGGAACCCGGUCCAGUGAAAGUUGGUUCCACUGUAAUUGCAUUUGUUGAGGAUCCUGAUGGUUACAAAUUGGAACUGAUUGAAAGAUGGCCUACUCCUGAACCUUUGUGCCAAGUAAUGCUCCGUGUUGGUGAUCUUGAUCGUUCCAUAAACUUUUACGAGAAGGCCUUUGGCAUGGAGCUUCUUCGGACACAAGAUAGUCCAGAGUACAAGUAUACGAUAGCUAUUAUGGGGUACGGGCCUGAAGAUAAAAAUGCCGUGCUCGAGUUGACUUACAACUAUGGGGUCACUGAAUAUGAGAAAGGAAAUGGCUAUGCUCAGAUUGCAAUCGGCACAGAUGAUGUGUACAAAACUGCAGAGGGAGUUAAACUUUUCGGUGGAAAAAUUACCCGGGAACCCGGGCCAUUACCCGGUAUUAACACCAAGAUCACAGCAUGCUUAGAUUCUGAUUGUUGGAAGACGGUUUUUGUUGAUAACAUUGACUUUCUCAAGGAAUUGGAGUGUGAAUCACCCUCGGUCAAGCCAGUAGUACCGGCACCAAGUGGAAGCACAAAGCUUGAAAUAGGGUCUCCGAUAAUUGUUGUCGAAGCACCCAAGGUGAUAAAGACUGCAGCAUCAGUUCCGUGUCUCAGAGCUAACUCCGGCCUCGUCAAGCCUGGGGACGUUGGAAGGAUUGUUUCAAGAAAACCCAAAGAUGUAUGGGCUGUUCGUCUGGCUAUUGGCACCUAUCUUUUAGAUGGUAAGUACUUCAAAGCUUUGGAGUUUGAUGAAACUGAAGAAUGAUAUCGUGGGCUGACAAUAUAGAUAGUUUGGGAAUUUAGAUUUUUAAAAUGGUUUGUCGGAUGAAAUAAAUAUAAAUGUAAUAUUCAUGGUCUUUUCUUCUUUCGUUCC